CCUGCUCAAUCGUACCUAUAGUUGUUAUGGUCGCGGUGUGGUAGGGACGGUGUGUGUAGUGCGCUGCCUGUUUUGAUUUCAGAAUUAUAGAGAUUUCUGUGCCGAGCUGAUAUUAUCAAUUAAUAUUUUAUGCACUAUUGUCUCGUCCAAGGAUUUGCCAAUAAUUGUGAUUUCAAAACGGGGUUUCUGUGUCAAGUGUCCAGAAAUGUGAAUCGGCCCACAAAAAUGCAUUUUUCCGAUUAAAACUUAAAAUUAUUACAUUACGUAUAUAUAUAUAUAUUCAUUUAUAAAACGCCGUGUUAAGUCUCCCAAAAAAACCACCCGUUAUGUCGAAUUUCUACACUAAAGUGAGCUCAUCCUAUACUAAACCGAUGAACAAACGAAUGACUCUCCAAGAAAUUACGCAGUCGAAUCAAUGGAUUAACGAUACAUUGAGCACAAAUAUCUAUGGAAUGCCUCAGUCUGGUUCAACCGUUUCCCAAAGAGAAAAUUCUUCCUUCUUGCCCGUCACACAGCCAGCUAGUGCGCCCGUAUCGCCCGUAGGAUCUCCGGUCACAACACAAUUGCUGUGUGCCGCUACUUCUAAUAUUACAUUAGAUCCCAAUUGGCAAGCGAUCAAAUCUACCGUUCGCGAACGUAAUGCUGCCAUGUUCAACAAUGAUCUUAUGGCUGACAUCUACUUCAUUGUUGGCAAUCCCGGAAAUACUCAGCGAAUUCCAUCACACAAGUACAUUUUAGCCACUGGAAGUUCAGUGUUUUACGCAAUGUUCUAUGGUGGACUAGCGGAUACUAAAGAAGAAAUUGAAGUUCCCGAUGUAGAACCUACUGCUUUUCUUACAUUACUAAGGUAUUUAUACUGUGAUGAAAUUCAACUGGAAGCCGAUACUGUUUUAGCUACGUUAUAUGUGGCGAAAAAAUAUAUAGUACCUCAUUUAGCUAGAGCGUGUGUUAACUAUUUGGAAACUAGUUUGACGGCAAAAAACGCAUGUUUGCUCCUCAGUCAGUCGAGGUUAUUUGAGGAGCCAGAAUUAAUGCAGAGAUGUUGGGAAGUGAUUGAUGCACAGGCGGAAAUUGCAUUGCAUUCUGAUGGAUUUGUCGACAUAGAUACUGAUACUCUUCAGAGUGUUUUGGGUCGGGAAACGAUUAACUGUAAAGAAACUAUUCUGUGGGAGGCAGCCAUGAACUGGGCUACGUCCGAGUGUCACAGACGUGAAAUAGAACCCACCCCGUCGAAUAAACGCCAAGUACUAGAUUCCGCAUUGUACCUACUCCGAUUACCUGCUAUGUCUCUUGAAGAAUUUGCCAACGGACCAGCUCAAAUGGGACUAUUAACUUUGGAUGAGACAGUCGAUUUAUUUUUACACUUUACUGCAUCUAAUAAACCUCGGUUGACUUACCCCACUAAACCUAGAAUAGGAUUGAAACCUCAAAUGUGUCAUAGAUUUCAGUCAUGCGCCUAUCGCAGUAAUCAAUGGCGAUAUCGAGGUCGUUGUGAUAGUAUUCAGUUCAGUGUAGACCGGCGUGUAUUUAUUGUUGGUUUUGGUCUGUAUGGAUCAUCAACAGGAGCAGCCGAUUACAAUGUCAAAAUAGAACUCAAACGCCUUGGAAGGAUAUUAGCCGAAAACAACACAAAAUUUUUCUCCGAUGGUUCGAGUAAUACUUUCCACGUGCAUUUUACACAUCCUGUCCAAGUAGAUCCAGAAUUAUUUUACACAGCUUCAGCUAUACUGGAUGGUGCCGAAUUGAGUUAUUUUGGUCAAGAAGGGCUUAGUGAAAUAAAUUCAGGCAGUGUGACGUUUCAAUUCCAAUGUUCUUCCGAAAGUACUAACGGCACCGGAGUGCAAGGAGGUCAAAUCCCCGAACUAAUAUUUUAUGGACCAGCAGCGGGAGUAGUAAGUAGUGAAGAUCAUUAAAUAAAUAUUCUCAAAUGUUUUCCGAUCCGAAUUAAAUACCAAUAUUAACAAUUUUUUGUAUCAUGUGAACAUCACAAAGCAUUUUCUCGGUAAAUUUUAGACUAUAUUUAAACAAAAAUAAUUUACCUCACAACAAUUUUCAAUUUCAAUUUAAAACAAACUCAUUAAUUCUUUUUUUGUUUUAUUUUAUUCAAAAAAAGAACAAUUAAUAUUGGAAGAUUAAAAACAAAUUUAUGACUUAAAACUACAAAAAACUUAUUUAUUUUUUGUAAAAAUACUAAAAAUUAUGUCUUUAAAAAGAAAAGUUAAUUUGCUGAAUUGUAUUUUAUUAUUAUAUUUUAAAUAAUUGCAAAUAGUACUGAAUAUAUUAUACAUUAUAAAUAGUAUUUUAGCAGUUAGGUGAUGAAUAUAUAUUGGAUGAGUAGUGAUUGAACCCGAUACCGCAGUUUAGUCAAAAAGGGUUCUCUCGAUAGCUCGAUAGUCAAGUGUGUUCUCAUGUUGUUUAUUAUUUGUCUGUAAUCAUGAAUUUUAUUAUAUUGUCCUAACUACGCUCAAUUGUGCAUAAUAUAUUAUUUAAUUUAUUAUAGUAUUUAUAAAUAUUUUUUUCUCGGCAUUAAAUAAAAAAUGUUUAGUAGGAUUAUAGUUAAUAUGCUUCACUCACUCAACAUUAUAUAUUAUACUGUAUUAUGGUACAACUGUAUAAAUUAUAACCUUGUGUAUUUUCAAAACUUAUAAAGUUCAUAAAAAAAAAAUACUAAAAUUGGAAAAUAAUAUAUAUUUUUAAUUAUUACUAUUAUAUAAAUUAAGUUGAAAAUUAUGUAUAUGUAGGUUACCUUACAUUAUGGACUGUGUUUUGAGCUUUAGGUACAAUAUAAUAAGUUGAUUAAUAAUAAUAAUGAUAAUUGUAUUGUAAUAUUUAAGUUAGUUGUUUAUUCUUAUAUUUUAUUAUUUGUAAUUCUUUAUUCAGUUAAUUUUUAAAUAUACCUAUUUAUAUUUAUGUAUAAUAUAUCUUUCCUCCCGGCUCACUGAUAGCCGACUUGACACUAUGUUGCUAUCUAGUAGAUUUGAAUUAUAACUAUUUCAUUGUGUAAUUCUAUUUUUCUUUCGCACAAUAAGUGAAUAAUAUUUUUGUUGAUUUUUUUAUUAUUUUUGUAGACAAACCAUGCAGUAGAUGUUUGUAAAGCGAUAAACUUUUAUUUAUUAUUUUACUCGGUAGACUGUGAUAGGGGAUUAUUUAUUAUGUAUUUCAUAUUUUUAAAAUAAAUCCGCAUUUUAUAAA